AGCCCCAGCCUCGAGCCGCAUCGGAGCGCGUGCCCCUCCUGGCCAAUGAGAGCGAGCCUCCGCCUGGUCUGUCAGAUUCGGGGCGCUGUUUAUUGUGUGCUAAAUAUUCCGCUGAAUAUUAUCGAGUCCUUUGUGAACAUCGCUGCUCGUGGGCUCCAAUUCUGCACGGCAGCCCACGGCGCCACGCCUCCGCUCCGAGCGCGUCCAUCCCGCCGCCACCGCGCUGCUGGUGCUGAUGAUGCUGCUGAUGAUGCUGAUGAUGCAGCGAGCGACGCUCCAGCUCUGAGCUCGUUUUUCACCGGCUCGGGAGCUGACAUUGCGCCUGUGCCGCGUUUGUUAACUUGGAGCACCACUGAUGAACGCUGAUGACCGCUCCGAUGACCGCUGAUGACCACACCGAUCAUCAGUAACAUGGCGGAAUGCGCAGUGGAAGUGGCCGCCAAGCCCCGGGCAGUUGAAGUCAUGACUCCUCCCACCAUCUCCGAAAAGAGACCACAGGUGAAUGGCCACGCAUCCCCAGUUCGUCUGCAGGCCAGUCCCUCAAGCCCUGGAGGCAAAGACAAGGCCACCCCAGCUGUGGCUGCAGACAAGAGGCUCCACAGCAAUGGCCAUGCCUCCCCAGUUCGCUUGCCAGCCAAUCCCAGCAGCCCUGCAGGUAAACAAUAUGUGGAGGGAUACUUGAGGACAGAUGACCGCAUGCGCCUUGCGAAAGAGAGACGCGAAGAGAGAGAGAGGAGCCUGGCUGCACGGGAGCAGGCGAUCCGUGAGAAGGAGAGGCGCGCCCAGCUGCAGUACGAACGCACGGUGGAGGAGCGCUGGCGGCGCCUUGAGGAGCAGCGGCAGAAGGAGGAGCUCCGCAGGGCCGCGGUGGAGGAGAAGAGGAGGCAGCGGCUUGAGGAAGAGAAGGAGCGACUGGAGGCACUCAUGAGGAGGUCCCUGGAACGCAGCCUACAGCUGGAGCAGAGACAGAAGCGCUGGGCGUGGGCUGGGCCUGGCGGGACCCGCGAUGGUGACUGUGAGAAUGUCCCGCCCCCUCUGUCCGCCGCCUCCGCCUUCCCCUACGACCUCGCCGCCCCCCCGCCCGCCACCGCCGAAUUCAGCAACGCAGCUGACACUCGGUCAGCAUCCACCAUGAACCUGCCCCCUUCCUCGGACCCGCUCAUCAGCAAGCGCCUCUCAUCCUCCUCCAUGGCUGUAGGCCACACUGCAGAGAGAGUGCCGUCCAGCCCCCACAGGUCCCCCUACAGGGGAUCUCCAAGCCGGCUGGCUCGUGGUGUUGGACGGAAGGCCAGUUCAGGAUCUCCUGGCUCAUCAGAGGAACGUGGCAGAGGACCAACUGUGACCCCUGAAACCCCCAAGAAACUCCGCAGAGACAGGCAAACGGCCUCUCCACUCGCCAGCUCGCCCCUGCGUCGUCCAGAAUCACCGGCUAUGGCGAACAAGCGCUCAGCAUCUCCCACGACAAUCAGGCCAAUAGCAAAGAGCCGCACCCAGUCCCCGUGCACUGUGAGGCAGCACAGCUCACCCCAGAAACACAGCUCCUCCAGUCCUGUUGCCAAUGGCAACAAGAAGCACGACUCUACUGAGUUGGUGGUGGAGGAAAGAGGCCACAACUUGCAGGACAGGAAGGCCGCCUUGGCUGGGUCACCUGACAAGACACCACCAAAGGCCAGCACUCCAGAAAAGAAGACAUUUGGAACGGGCGCUCCAGAGAAGAAGCCGUCUAAGGCGGAGACUCCAGAGAAGACGACCUCUAAAAUGGAGACUCCAGAAACUGAAAAGGCCUCCUUAAAGCCCGAGACUUCAGAAAAGAAGCCUUUGAAGACUGAUACUCUGGAAAAGAAGACUUGUAAAUUGGACUCGCAGGAAAACAGCCUCUUGAAGACCAAGAUCCAGGAAAAGAGUCCUUCUAAAACUGUCACACAAGAAAGGAACCCUUUCAAGGCCGAAACUCUAGAAGAGAAGGCUUCUAAGACCGAACCUUCGGAAAAGAACCUGCGAAAGACUUCGGAGAAUGACACUUCAAAAAGUGACUCCCAAGAAAGGAAGACCUGUACAAGUGAGACUCUGGAAAAUUCAAUUCCAAAGGGUACACCUACUGAGCUGAGUGGGGGUGGGAGUCCAGAGCCGUCCCCAGUAACGCACACGGCCAAGUCUGUUGCCGGGACGACAGAUGCAGAGGAGGCAUCGAGACUGUUGACGGAACGGCGUCGCCAGGCCCGUCAGCAGAAGGAGCAGGAGGAGAGGCUGAAAGUGGAACAGCAGCGGAAGAGGCAGGAGGAGGAAGCGCAGCGAGUGGAGGUGAACAGGAAGAAGGAGGAUGAGGAACGACAGAGGAGAGAACGCCAGGAGCGGGCACUACAGGCUCAGAUGGAACGAGAGAGGGAGGAGGCAGAGCAACAGGCUCGGAUGCAGGCUGAGCGUCAGCGACAGGAGAGAGAGAUGCUGAAACUGCAGGAGGAGCAGGAGAGGCUGCAGAGGAAGAAAAGGAUCGAGGAGAUCAUGAAAAGAACCAGGAAAGCUGAUGCCGACACCAAGAAGGAAGAAUUCGUCCAGCCUGUCUCGCCUCCGGCACCAGCGGCCCAAGGGGAGCUUCCUCUCACUAAGAGUGUAGAUAUGCUGAUGACCCAGCAGGUGAAUGGACAACCUGAUGUCAAGGUCAAGGUGGAAAAGCAGGCGCCUGAUCGGGUGAAGGUGGGGAUGGAUGAGAAGCUGAAGGAAAUAAACGGACAGCCGAAGGAGAAGGGUCCAGCAGGGCAACUGGUUUUGGAAAGCAUGGUGAUGAAGACCACAGAAUCCAGUUCCCUACCUCCAACUAUGGCCAACACCAUGCCCCCACUCAUCAACCUGGAGGCACUGGACGUGAAGGGCGGAAGGCCACAGGAGACUCCCAAUGGGGCACAGUCUAUGGAGGUCAGCCCCGCCUCCAAGGAGGAGCUUAUCUCCAUACCAGAGUUCUCGCCUGUGAACGAGGUCCAGCACAACGGCACGAGCAACGCCCGGGCUCUGGAAGACCUGCUGGACCUCACUGGCCAGGUGGCCUAUCCUAAGCUCUCACCUGGGGGUGGCCUAGGAGACUGCAACAAAAACCUGAUUGAGGGCUUCAGCCCCUGUGGUGACACCCAACUAAUCCAGACCCUCCUACCACCAGCCGACAAACUCAACGUUCAGUAGGCUGGUGAAAGGACACCCUCCCCGACCUUUGACCCCCACACGUCAUCUAGUACGCCUGUUGUGCCCCAUCCCCCUCACAUGCCUCAGUCCCAUCCAGCUGUUUGUACCUCACAUCAGUCCUUCCUUUGUGCAGCUCUGCUCUUUCUUUGCUCCUGCAGUCCCUGACUUGGGGCACCAUGUAGAGCACAUGAGCGGUGGGACGAUUUCUAGGUCCCAGGACAGACCCCCCCCCCCCCCCC